AAGGGGGGGGGGAUGCAGAAAGUUUCCAGAGCUGCCAGAGAGAUGCAACAUCCUCCUAAAUAUAGCUGGUGCCGGGAGAGGCUGAGAUACGGAGACUGGGACGUCACUAUAUAAACUGUCAAUGCGCAAUGUUCUCUCCAUAGCUGUCCCACCGGUGUCCCCAGAGCGUUCUGUCCCUGACUGCGUCCCCAUCCUCGGCUCUCUGUGUCCCCAUCUUCGGCUCCCUGUGUCCCCAUCUUCGGCUCCCUGUGUCCCCAUCUUCGGCUCCCUGUGUCCCCAUCCUAGGCUCCCUGUGUCCCCAUCCUCGGCUCUCUGUGUCCCCAUCCUCGGCUCCCUGUGUCCCCAUCCUCGGCUCUCUGUGUCCCCAUCCUCGGCUCCCUGUGUCCCCAUCCUCGGCUCUGUGUCCCCAUCUUCGGCUCCCUGUGUCCCCAUCCUCAGCUCCCUGUGUCCCCAUCCUCGGCUCCCUGUGUCCCCAUCCUCGGCUCCCUGUAUCCCUAUCCUCAGCUCUCUGUGUCCCCAUCCUCGGCUCUCUGUGUCCCCAUCCUCGGCUCCCUGUGUCCCCAUCCUCGGCUCCCUGUGUCCCCAUCCUCGGCUCUGUGUCCCCAUCUUCGGCUCCCUGUGUCCCCAUCCUCGGCUCCCUGUGUCCCCAUCCUCGGCUCCCUGUGUCCCCAUCCUCGGCUCCCUGUGUCCCCAUCCUCGGCUCCCUGUGUCCCCAUCCUCGGCUCUCUGUGUCCCCAUCCUCGGCUCCCUGUGUCCCCAUCCUCAGCUCCCUGUGUCCCCAUCCUCGGCUCCCUGUGUCCCCAUCCUCGGCUCCCUGUGUCCCCAUCCUCGGCUCCCUGUGUCCCCAUCCUCGGCUCCCUGUGUCCCCAUCCUCGGCUCCCUUGUGUCCCCAUCCUCGGCUCUGUGUCCCCAUCCUCGGCUCUGUGUCCCCAUCCUCGGCUCCCUGUGUCCCCAUCCUCCUUCAAUGAACCUGCAAUCCUCCUCUGCAUACCGAGCGGAGCACAGCUUCUCCAAGACCUCCUCCAGCAAGAACCGGGAGCCCUUCAUGGAGAAGACACCAGGAAUCUUCAGCGAGGAAUUCGGCAAGUUCCGCCGACCCUUGGGAGAAUCGCUGGUCUUCUCAGGCGGCUCUGGACCCGCGCAGAACAUGAAGACUCUGGGGAACUCCUAUCAGUUUGAGGUGGAUGUGCGAGAUUUCUCUCCGGAAGACAUCAUCGUCACCACAUCCAACAACCAGAUCGAGGUCCACGCUGAGAAACUCGCCUCCGAUGGGACCAUCAUGAACACCUUCACCCACAAGUGCCAGCUCCCGGAGGAUGUGGACCCGACCACGGUGACCUCCGCCUUGGGGGAUGGGGGAUUGCUGACCGUCAAGGCCGAGAGGCUCCCCGCCAAGCUCACGGACCACCAAACUUUCCGGACUGAGAUCAAAAUCUGAGAUUCCGGUG